AUGGCGUCUUCCUCGUCCUUUAGCGCCUCGUUGGCCGUCCUCCUCGCGGCCAAAUACUGCCGCCAGAACCCACUGCUGCUCUGGAAAGACGAAGCGCUUCCGUCGGUUGGCCGUCGCGCAGAAAAGUUCUGUUUCCGAGUCGCAUUGCGGAAUCUGCAGCAAGAACCGUGUGGCGACCUGAUGCUCGCGCUGCUGCCGGCGCAAUUGAGUCUCCUGGACAUCGACCGAGAGAGUGCAGUAUACCGGUUGAAAGCGCUGCUCGUGACGCUUCAGCAUCCAUACAUUCUUCCAGUCAUGGACAUGGUCUACGCCAAGGAGAAGAAAGCGCUGCUGGUUCUCCAGCCAUUCGUUGCCCGCGGCAGCCUCAAGGACCUCAUUUACCGGGUCGAUGACCCCGCAACGGCGUUUGGGGCCAAGUACCGGCUCGAGCGUGCACAUGCACUGCCGUUUCAAGCCAUUGCCAAGUUUUCGCGCCAGGUGCUCGAAGCACUGGCUGACCUUCGACGAAAAGGUCUCAUGUGCGACCACUUGCGGUCGACAAACGUCCUGGUGGACCGUGGCAAUGCUCGAAUCGCCGAGAUUUUCACGCCGCUUCUGGCCAUUGAUCGAUACAGGGACAGUCGACAACUCACCGUGAGUCUCGAGCAGGACAUGGACAUUGACUUGCUGCUGUUUGGCCACAUUGUGUACGAAAUGGCCACUGGCUUGGAACUGGCAAGUCCACAGCCGGAGAAAGGUGUGCUGGAGAUGGUAGCACCGGAGAUUGCCGACGUGCUCCAGGCGAUCUUCUGUUACCCAGAUAGGCUGAGACGUCCAUCGGAUCCAGCGCAGCUCUGUUCAGGCGUGGAGAAGGAAUGCCAAAGCGCGGGACGAUACGACGAUGUGGCGCCGGUUGGUGGUAGUAGCACAGGCAGUAGUCGCUGCAAGAAACACUUGUUUCUCGUCGACGUGGACAGAAUGCUGGAAGAUUUUGCGUUGUUUGCGGCCGCCCAUGAUGUUGCACCUAUUCGGACACUGUUCUCUGGAUUCCGUCUGGAUUCCGACAUGAAGAGUACCAUCAAAUGUAGCAUGCGGAUCAACGCGAGCCGUAGUCAGGCACACAUCGUGCGCUACAACGACCAAGAGGCUCUCUCACGGACUCGCCAACGGGCUGAGCGUCGCGUGUAUGAGGAGAGAGAGAGACAGCGACGGCGUAUUAUGCAACUUGCUCUAGGUGGGAACCCCACUAGCAAGGGCACUGCACGCAGCAGCAAGACUCUGUCGUCAAGAAGAAAGGCAUACCGUGCUGACAGCUUUCGAAAGCAUACCAAGCAUGUAUUGUCCCAGUCUGGCAGUGAUGUAUCGAGCACGAGCGCAUCCACUGCCUAG